AUGGCCGCCCCCGCCCCCGCCCCCGACAAGCCCGCAUUCUCCCUGCACCCCUCCCGCCGCCCCGUCAUCUACGCCACACACGGCAUCGUAGCGUGCACGCAGCCCCUCGCCGCCCAAGCUGGCCUAAACAUCCUUCGUAAGGGUGGAAACGCCGCCGACGCCGCAGUCGCUGCAGCUGCAGUCCUAAAUGUAACAGAACCAACCAGCACCGGCCUCGGCGGCGACGUCUUCUGCCUCAUCCACCACGCCCCCACCUCCACACUCCACGGCAUCAACGGCUCCGGCCCCUCGCCCUCAUCCCUCACGCUACAAAAGGUCCUCGCCUCCCUCCCACCCGAUUACACCGACUCGCGCAUCCCGCCCGCCAAUCCACUCAGCGUCACUGUCCCCGGCGCGGCCGCCGCAUGGUGCGACAUCGUCGCCCGCUUCGGCAGCGGGAAGGUGUCGCUGCGAGAGAUCUUCGAUGACGCGAUACGACUCGCUGAGGACGGGUUUGCGCUGAGUACGUUUGCGGGGCGCUGGUGGGGGGAGUGUGCGGGUGUGUUGCGCGGCGGCGGGCGGGAGGGGAUGUUGCUGGCUGGGAGGGCGCCGAAGGAGGGGGAGGUGAUGCGGGUGCCGGAGCUGGCGCAGGUGUUGCGAGAGGUGGCAGAGUGUGGGAAGGCUGGGUUUUACGAUGGGUGGGUGGCGGAGAGCGUGGUGGGGGAGGUGCAGGCGCUGGGAGGAGUGCUGGAGAUGAAGGACAUGGUGGGCAUGGGGGAGCGCGGGAGUGAGGAGGUGGACCCGGUGUUUGUGGAGUAUGGCGGGUAUAAGCUGUGGGAGUGCGCGCCGAAUGGGCAGGGGCUUGUGGCGCUGAUGGCCUUGGGUAUUUUGAGGGCGUUGCAGGAGAGGGGCGUGGUUGGGAGGAUUGGGGGUGAGGGGGGGAUGCAGCAUAAUUCGCCGGAGUAUCUCCAUGUCCUGAUCGAGUGUCUCCGCAUCGCAUUCACAGACGGCCGUUGGUACAUCACCGACCCGCGCACCAACCCGGACCCCACCGCCGCCCUCCUUUCCAAGUCCUACCUGCACCAACGCAGCACGCUCUUCUCCCCCACGCAAACAAACCCCACCCUCCCCAUCAGCCCCCCCUCCCUCCACCCUUGCGACACUACCUACCUCUCCACCACCGACGCCCACGGCAACUCCUGCAGCUUCAUAAACUCCCUCCAGAACGGCUUCGGCAGCGGCAUCGUCCCCCGCGGCACCGCAACGCCCUUGCAGAACCGCGCCAGCAGCUUUUCGCUAGACCCCGAGGCGCCGAAUUGUGUGGCGCCCGCGAAGAGGCCGUUUCAUACCAUUAUUGCGGGGAUGGUGACGGAGCGCGUUCCGGGCGCUGGUGAGGCGGUGGAGGCGGCAGGUGAGGGUGGGAAGGAGGGCGAGGAGGAGAAAGGGAAAGGUGUGAAGCUCAAAGGCGAAAGGAUCAAGAGCGUCCUAGGCUGCAUGGGCGGCCUCAUGCAGCCGCAGGGCCACGUCCAGCUCUUCAUGAACAUGCUCGUCUUCAACAUGGACCCCCAAGAAGCGCUUGACGCGCCGAGAAUCUGCCUCAGCCUCCCCGGCGACCGCUUCGCAAUCACAAACCGCGUCUGCCUCGAAUCCGGAAUCAGCGGCGCCACCGCCGCCGCGCUGCAAGCGCUCGGGCAUACCACGGCCGAGGUCGUGGGGUACAAGAGGACCAUGUUUGGGCGCGGACAGAUUAUUAACUAUAACUAUAUGCACGGCGAGGACGGGGAGGAGAGGAUCGUGUAUAGUGGCGGCAGCGACCUGCGGGGUGACUGUCAGGCCGUGGGGUACUGA